ACCAAAGCAGUGUUCUAGGACUACUUCACCAAAUUUCACACGCAUUUGGUCAAACAAAUGAGGCUCAUCGUAACUGUGAAUGAUAAAAAAAAUUUCCAUAGUUCACAGGUGGAUGAUAAAUUGAUUAUACAAGCUGUAGGUUGAUUGUACAGAGGUGCCACAUGCAAUGGGCAGCUGUGGCAAGGAUGGAGGUUGUCCAUCUGAUUACAUAGCCGUUGCCAUAUCCCUCCUCUGCUUCAUCCUGUUACUAAUAAAAGCUACAUUACCCUUUCUGGUUCACAAAGUUCCUCGUCCUAAAGGCAGUGGCUUUUGGAUUCCAGUGAUUCAAGUUUUUGCCAGCCUCAACCUUCUGUUGUCGAUUGUGAUGUCCAUCAAUUUCCUGAAAUUCAAGAAGAAGCAUUGGUGGCAGUCUUGUUACCUCUGGGCAGUCUGGGUUGAAGGCCCACUUGGGUUCGGUUUGCUGCUGAGCUGUCGUAUAGUGCAGGCAUUUCAACUAUAUUACAUAUUUGUCAAGAGACGUUUACCACCUAUCAGAUCAUAUGUUUUUCUCCCAACAAUUGUCUUGCCAUGGAUUGCUGGGGCUGCAUUGCUUCAUAAGAAGAAGCCUCUAAAUGAACGAUGUCACUUGGGGACUCGAUGGAUCAUUCCAGUUGUGUUCCUCCACACAACAUAUGUUGCUGCUUUGGUUGGUUUCACGGUGGCCAUCCGACAUAUAGAGUUCAGGUUUCACGAACUCAAAGACCUGUGGCGGGGAAUACUUGUCUCCACUUCUUCUGUUGGACUAUGGGUUGCUGCUUACAUUUUGAAUGAAAUCCAUGAUGAUAUCGAAUGGCUUCAAGUUACCUCUAGAUUUCUGCUCUUAAUUAUGGCAAGUAUUCUUGUACUGGCUUUCUUUUCCAUGUCAAGUUCACAACCUUUGCUCUCAAAAAUGAGCUUGAGGAAAAGGGAAGCCACAGAAUUUGAGACAAUGGGCCGUGCCCUGGGCAUACCCGAUAGUGGACUAUUAUUACAACGGGAACCAGCACCAGACAUAGACCCUAACGAACCUCUGGAUAAGCUUCUUCUGAACAAAGGAUUCCGUCAGUCCUUCAUGGCCUUUGCUGACAGUUGUUUGGCUGGGGAGAGUGUGCAUUUUUAUGAUGAAGCGCAUGAACUUGCUAAAAUACCUGUCAAUGACCCAGUGAGAAGAAUCUACAUGGCACGGCACAUUAUUGAGAAGUAUGUAAUUGCAGGUGCAACAAUGGAGGUAAACAUAUCUCACCGGAACCGGCAAGAAAUCUUGACAACUCCUGAUCUGGCACACCCAGAUCUUUUCAACAAUGCCCUGAAUGAAUUGCUGCAGUUGAUGAAAAUGAACCUGGCAAAGGAUUACUGGUCGUCCAUGUUCUUCAAAAAGUUGAGAGAAGAUGGCUCAGGAUCGAAUGGGCAUGAGCUGGAAGUGGUGACGGGCUGGAAUUACUCUCCUAGAUUGAGCUGUGUACAUGGUGAAGAUGAUCCUUUCCACGAAGAACAUCCUUCAAAAAGCUCUGCCCAUGAUACUAAUACCCAGGAUGUAGAGCAGCAAUGAGCUGAAGUAUCAACAAUUGAAUUUCCCAGUUUUGGUGGAAAAUUCAUCAUAUGUUAAUUAAAUUCUUAUAAAAAACACACAGCUCUUGUAAGAGAUGGUGGUUGAGAGUUUAUUGUUAGACCCAAUCAGAAUUUAUAGCUAACCAGCCAUAUAUGGACGUUUCUUUGAUUAA